AUGCCGGAUAUGCCACAGGGCAAUACGAAUGCUCGGCGAGCGCGCGGCGGUAUUAUAAAGGAGGAUUGGAAGGAGCGCAUGGAGCUACUGAGCGAAGACAUCGGUUAUGUGUUAUACUCCGCAUUGGGUUCUUUCUACUUGCCCAGCUGCAUUAUGGUUUUUGUCUAUAUACGAAUUUAUUAUGCCGCUAAAGCGAGAGCGAGACGCGGCAUCAAAAAGCAUCCGCGUAAAACGAACAACGAACAGGUAACGAGUUUCACCACCAUCGGCAAGAAGGGCACCAUACCGAUGCCGUCGUCGAGCGCCAUGAGCGCUUUACAAAUGAAUCAACAGCGUCAGAUAGCCACCAUCGAAACACCACCGAACAGCGCCGCGCUGCCAAUGCAAAUACCUACUGUGACGUGCGAUCUCGCGUCCGACAUCUCCACCUCCGAGGCCGCCGACAUGGAGCCGCAUCCACUUGUCUAUCCCAAUGGCAAUUCGAAUGUACCGUCCCCGCUCACUAUGCUCACGCCCGGCUCGCCCAACUGCACGCUCGCCGCGACGGAUAAGGAGACGCUUAAGGUGAGCACAAUAGCGACGGGACGCGGGGCGCUCAAUGUGCCUGUGCCGCCGUCAAUGGCUGCCGCAGUAGCGACAGCUAACUCGAACACACCGAACAACAAUAACAAUGAUAGUGUUACGCCCAUAGACAUUGAGGGCAUGACCAGUGGGACAGCGACGACGGCAACAGCGGCAACGGCCAAUACAACUGUUGGCGGCGCGACGUUAACCACACCGAAUGCUAGCGGUGGCCUCACAGCUGGCGCUUCACCGAAUGAACUGCGCGUCUCGCCCAUCGCUGCGCGAUGUCGUGCGCUUUCGGUGGGCAUCGACACCGACAUGGUUAGCGAAUUCGAUCCAUCCAGCUCGGAUUCGGGUGUCGUCAGCAGAUGUGCGGUGGUGAAACCGUUAAAGUUUCGACUUUGCCAACCGAUAUUCGGACGCAAGACGGCGAAUCAAGCGCGUCGCAAUGAGGCAAAAGCAACAGCGACGGCCGUAGCGACAGCAAAGACGCUGAAACCCUGCGAAGUAGCGAAAGGCGAACUUGAACCGGCCAUACCGAAGUUGCAGAAACCACGCGAUCCCGAAAAGGAGAAACGACGCAUCGCGCGAAAAAAAGAGAAACGCGCCACACUCAUAUUGGGACUAAUUAUGGGCAGUUUCAUUGCCUGUUGGCUGCCGUUCUUCUUCCUCUACAUUCUGGUGCCGGUCUGCGGCAGCUACUGCAACAUACCCGACUUUGCGUUUGCGGUCGCAUUUUGGCUCGGCUACAUGAACUCCGCCUUGAAUCCGGCCAUUUACACCAUCUUCAAUAAGGACUUUAGGCGCGCCUUUCGGCGCAUACUAUUCAAGUGAUGUUUGGCCUAUGUGUGCUGUUAUCGGUGCGUUCAUGCGAGCAUUGAGAAGGCCACCGAACGUGCCAUGGGCAGCACACCCAUUGGUUAUGGCAUGUACCAUUACCGGCGAUAGAUUUGGUUAUUUGCUUUUGUGCGCUAAAUUACUACAACAAAACAAAACAAUAACAAAUACAGCAACAACACCAACAAAUGCCAUCUAAUCACUUAAGCUGCAUUCGUGCGCUGUUUGCGCAUAUGUUAAGGUAAACAAAUAACGGUUCAGUUUGUUUUUUUUUUUUGUGUUGUGGCAAGUGCACGCGUACUGCGCUUGCUCUGCGGCAGCGCCGCGUUGUCAUUUCAAAUGCCUUCGUAUUUUACUAUCGCGUUUCGGUUUUAGUGCUUCAAUAACAUCGCUUUAGUGCUCUCCGUUAUUGCCUUGUUGUCUGUGUAUGCCGCUGUGUGUACGCAUGUAUAAAAAUGUUAUUGCUUAUAGUUAUAUGUAGUAGUGAAAAUCGUUGAGAAUAUAAAAUUAAUGCUCAUUUUAAAGCAAUGAAUGGCUGUGAAUCCAUUGGGUAAUUCAUAUUGCUUUUAA